AGUGGCCCCUGUGGAGUGAGGCCCACCCAGGAAGCCUGCCCACCAUGAGUCUCUGGAGUCUUGAGGACAGCCGCAGCGGCCAGGGUAGCCCCCAGCUUGCCCAGGAGCCUGUGGCUGAGGAGUUACUGACUUCUGAGCUGCAGAUGAAGGUGGACUUCUUCCGGAAGCUGGGCUACUCAUCCUCAGAGAUCCACAGCGUCCUGCAGAAGUUGGGGGUCCAAGCAGACACCAACACAGUGCUGGGGGAGCUGGUGAAACAUGGCUCGGCCACUGAGCGGGAGCACCAGGCCUCGCCGGACCCCUGCCCUCAACUCCCUCUGGUGCCCCGAGGUGGGGGCACCCCCAAGCCUUCCACCGUGGAACCCUCCCUCCCAGAGGAGGACAAGGAGGGCAGUGACCUGAGGCCAGUGGUCAUCGACGGCAGCAACGUGGCCAUGAGCCACGGGAACAAGGAGGUCUUCUCCUGCCGGGGCAUUCUGCUGGCUGUGAACUGGUUUCUGGAGCGGGGCCACACGGACAUCACAGUGUUUGUACCAUCCUGGAGGAAGGAGCAGCCUCGGCCCGAUGUGCCCAUCACAGAUCAGCACAUCCUGAGGGAGCUGGAGAAGAAGAAGAUCCUGGUGUUCACACCAUCACGGCGUGUGGGUGGCAAGCGGGUCGUGUGCUAUGAUGACCGCUUCAUUGUGAAGCUGGCCUUUGAGUCUGACGGCAUCGUGGUCUCCAAUGACACGUACCGAGACCUCCAGGGUGAACGGCAGGAGUGGAAGCGCUUCAUCGAGGAGAGACUGCUUAUGUACUCCUUUGUCAAUGACAAGUUUAUGCCUCCUGAUGAUCCUUUGGGCCGGCAUGGACCCAGCCUGGACAACUUCCUGCGUAAGAAGCCACUUCCUUGUGAACACAGGAAGCAGCCGUGCCCCUAUGGGAGGAAGUGCACCUAUGGGAUCAAAUGCCGAUUCUUCCACCCUGAGCGGCCAAGCCGUCCCCAGCGCUCUGUGGCUGAUGAGCUGCGUGCCAAUGCCCUCCUCUCGCCCCCCAGAACCUCAGGCAAAGACAAAAGUAGCCAGCAGCCUCCCUCUGCCUGCCAGACCAGCUCUGUGCCCCCAGAGGCCGAGCAUAGCAGCCUGGAUGGGAAGAAGCAAGGGGCCCGAGUAUCCCCAGGACCCCGCCAAGAAGUGCCAACACAGACCUUUGCCCCAGCUGGCAGAAGUCUCCCUCUUAGCGGGGGCAGUGGGAGCGGCUUCGGGCCCACAGACUGGCUCCCACAUACCCUGGACUCGCUUCCGUACACCUCCCAGGAAUGCUUGGAUUCAGGCAUUGGUUCCCUGGAGAGCCAGAUGUCAGAACUGUGGAGUGUGCGAGGAGGCAGCCUUGGGGAGCCAGCCCCCUCUCGAGGUCCUUACACUGGCUACCGUGCCUACGGAUCAGAGCUGCCAGCUGCUCCUGCCUUUCCCGCCUUUGGACGGGCCGUGGGUGCUGGCCACUUCAGUGUCCCUGCCGACUAUGUGCCUUCGCCACCCACCUACCCAUCUCGAGAGUACUGGUCUGAGCCAUACCCACUGCCCCCACCCACCUCAGUUCUCCAGGAACCCCACAGGUCUAGCUCAGGAGGUGGUGGGGCACCUUGGAGUAGGGUGGGCAACCUGGCCAAAGAAAGGGCAGGUGUGUACACCAAGCUAUGUGGUGUCUUCCCCCCACACCUGGUGGAGGCCGUGAUGGCACGCUUCCCACAGCUCUUGGAUCCCCAGCAGCUGGCUGCUGAAAUCCUAUCCUAUAAGUCACAGCACCUCAGUGAGUAAGCCAGGGGGUGGCCUGCAGGGCCCACCUAGCAACCUGGACAGAGGGAGACGUGGAGUAGGCAAGGAAACCUCAAUCCAAAGAUACUCUUCCAUACCGUAGGAUUGGUUCUGGCCCCAUCCACUCACAUGGGUCAGAAGCGAUCACCCUGUUGAUACACAUUGUAUCUCUCUCAUUUAAGACGCUGCCGGUCAGGCCGUCGGUCCAUGGCUGGGGCCCAAACCCUCUUUUCUCUCAGAGGACGGGGAGGGAGACUUGGGGGAAGAGAGGCACAUGUCAGGCCCCCACCUCCACCCCGUCCCUGGGAUGCCGGCAUGGCCGGCAAGUUGGGCACCGUGUGCCUGCUUUCUGAGGCUCCCCUCAAGCCAAUGUGGUCUCAACCCUGCUCGCAGGGCAUGAGGCUUCAUGUUAGUAAGCAAGAUGCUUCUUAUAACCCACCUCUGUCCACCCAUCCCUUUGCCCUACCAGAGGUUGCAAGCCCUCUGUGUCCACCCUCUUCCUACCCUUCCCCACAGGUGGGGGGACAUGUGUAUGCUGUAUACA